GGCAGCAUGGUGUGGAGCGUCAAUCUGACAGGCAAUGUGUACUGUGCAGCAAUGGAUGCCCUAAGCAACGUCUCUAACUGUAGCACCAUCCGGAAUACCAAGAGGAUAUUGAGUAGUGCCUGCACACAAUACAAGCCCCCAGCCAGUGUUUCCAGCUUGCAAAUCCGAGACACCAAAAUCGAACUGAUCCCAUUCUUAAAGAACCUGCUUGAACAUUUAAGGAGCAUCUACCGCCAUGAACGUCAUAACUGA